UUGGCAAGGCCGGAAAUUUUGGAUCGGCGAGGGCUCAGGAGUUUGAGAUUGGAUCUAACAGGGUCCUCUCGUUCUUGGACUACUACAACCUACGUCACUUGAGAUUUACGGUUUGCAUUAAAAUAUAUCUGAGGCUGGCACAUCGGAAAGUGGAAAAAGGAAGCGAAAAGUCCCAUUUCAAGAAAAGAAAGAAGCCAAAAAAAAAAGAGAGGAAAAUAUCAAGGGCCAGAGAAGAGAAGAGAUGCUUUCCACGUGUCGUCUAGAUAUACGCAUAUCUGACAAACCGCCCAAUCUCCACUCAACUGUAACUAGUUGAUCUCAGUUUCUUACUCCCGAGUUUCUCUGAUAUCAAAAUCAAUGGCCAAGUGCUUAGUGGUGCCCCAUUCCUAUUCCUAUUGCUACUAUCGCUAUGGGAGGAACUCUAGCAGCAACAGGAACAGGAAGGCACCUCCGCAACAACUUCAGCUCAAUUCCUUGGCCGCCGGCACUCUCUUCUCCGUCGCCACCUCUUCAAACUCUUACACUCCCCUCAAUUUGCAACGCCGCCGAAUUCUCAGCGCUCUCGAGUCCGAUGUUCCUCACCCUCUUCACCAGGGAUCGGCGAAAUUGAAGAGUAGUGAGAGUUUUGAGCAAUGGGAUUCAUGGACAGCAAAGUUCUCUGGCGCAUCCAAUAUUCCAUUUCUGCUGCUGCAAAUGCCUCAGAUCAUCCUGAAUGCUCAAAAUCUUAUGGCUGGAAAUAAAGCUGCUCUUUUGGCAGUCCCUUGGCUGGGAAUGUUUACUGGUUUGAUUGGAAACCUUUCGCUGCUUUCAUAUUUUGCAAAGAAGAGGGAGAAAGAGGCGAUUGUGGUGCAAACAUUGGGUGUAGUUUCCUUGUAUACUGUAUUUGCACAGCUCUCCUUGGCAGAAGCAAUGCCACUACCAUACUUUGUGAUUACCUCCAUCGUCGUGGCAACCGGUCUUAUUUUGAAUUUUUUGAAUUACUUUAAUUUCCUCAAUCCUGGACUCUGGCUCUUCUGGGAAGAUUUUAUUACUGUUGGUGGGCUGUCAGUUCUUCCCCAAAUUAUGUGGUCUACAUUUGUUCCAUAUAUACCCAGCAGUAUCGUGCCCGGAGCAUUGGCUUUUGUUGUAGCUGUGGCAGCUGUAAUUAUGGCUCGAAUGGGGAAACUCUCUUCAGAAGGAACCAAAUUUGUUAGAUCAAUAUCUGGAUGGACAGCUACACUCCUCUUCAUGUGGAUGCCUGUUUCCCAAAUGUGGACAAAUUUCCUGAAUCCUGACAACAUCAAAGGCUUAUCAGCUGUCUCAAUGUUGCUUGCAAUGAUUGGAAAUGGACUUAUGAUCCCUCGUGCUCUUUUUAUUCGUGAUUUUAUGUGGUUCACAGGUUCUUCAUGGGCUUCUUUCUUUUAUGGAUAUGGGAAUAUUGUGGCCUUAUAUUGGUUUAACAGUAUCAGCAAGGAGUUCUUCUUAGCAGCGACAGCUGGUUUGUUUUUAUGGAUAGGAAUGGCUCUUUGGAGAGAUGCUGUGGUGUAUGGUUACAGCUCCCCUCUCACAUCUUUAAAAGAGCUGGUUUCUGGAUCCUAACUCAAAAGAUCUUUAAGCAAUCCGUAUCAUAAUGUCGAGGAUGAAACAUAACAGCUCUUAUUCCAAUGAGAAGCCGGCAUUUGAUUCUUGUUUGCGGCCAUUGCAGAUCCCAACAGUUCUUGUAAGGACAGCUGCUAGGGAUUUGCUUUCUGGCAGUCAACAUGAAAAUGCACGCAGUAGAAUAUUUUGUUAUAGACUACUUAAAUUCCAAUUCCUGAAAUGUACGGAGUAACUCACACUCCACGCCCUGUUACAGUGACCCGCUCGGUGAUGUCAGAACUUCUGUACCUAUGCAUAUAUUGUUUGUUUUGGUAGGCAUGAAAUAAUGAAAUGGGGUAAGAGC